AUGUCUAAACCAGAGAUCGGAUUCUGCGGCCUUGGAGCCAUGGGCCUAGGAAUGGCCAGCAACCUCGUCAAGCAAGGCUACUCAGUAACCGGCUUCGACCUAUACCCUCCCUCUCUUGAAAAGUUCCAGAAAGCAGGCGGCACCCCCUCAACAUCACUCUCCGAGUCGGCAAAAGACAAGCCGUUCUACAUCGUCAUGGUUGCUUCAGCAAUGCAAGCCCAACCCGCCCUGUUUUCAGACGAUGGCAUCGUGAAGGCACUACCGAAGGGCGCAACGCUGCUCUUAACUUCUACCGUGCCAAGUAGCUAUGCGCAAAGCGUAGAGAAGGAACUGAAGGAUAUCGGCAGAGAUGAUAUCUACUUCAUCGACGCACCGGUUUCCGGGGGUGCAGGCCGGGCAGCGGACGGUACACUGUCGAUUAUGGCGGGUGCAUCAGACGCCGCCCUUGAGAAGGGCAAGUGGCUUCUUGCAGAGAUGAGUGCACCUUCCAAACUGUUCAUUGUGGAAGGUGGAAUCGGUCAGGGAAGCAACAUGAAGAUGGUGCAUCAGGUGCUCGCGGCAAUUCAGAUUUUGGCUGUGAGCGAGGCGUAUGGAUUUGCUGCGCGACUAGGCUUGAAAGGAAAGGAAUUGAGGGAAGCAGUUGUGGAGAGUGACGCAUGGAGUUGGAUGUUUGAGAAUAGGAGUCAAAGGACUCUGACUGAGGACUACUUUCCUGGCGCCAGCGCCGUUACUAUCAUCUUGAAAGAUACUAGCAUCAUCACACUCAUGGCGCGUCAACUCGGAUUUCCUACCCCCCUUUGCUCUGUGGCGGAACAGGUCUAUUUUGCAGCAGUCGACCGGGGCUGGGGUGCCAACGACGACGCCGGCAUCGUGCGUCUCUGGACCUCUGAGCCAGUCUCAAGCAUUCAAAGCUCUCUCUCGGCUGAGGAGAAGCAGCAAAAACUGACACUAGUCAAAGACCUACUGAAGGGCAUCCACCUCGUUGCUGCAGCCGAGGCCCUGUCUCUGGCAAAGCACGUCGGCAUCCCUCUGCCUCAGAUCUACGAGCUAGCAAAGGAUGCUGCAGGCGGCAGCAAGCAGUUUGAAGACUUUGGACCAAAACUGUUGCCCCUUCUUGACGGCCAGUCAGAUGGUAACGGCAAGGUUCUCGAUGCCUACAUCGAAAAGCUUCACAAGGCGUUAGAUGAAGCUCAAGCUAUCAAGUGCCCGUUGUACUUGGGCAAUGGUGCAUUGGGGUUGAUGCUGCAGACAGGCAAGAGCCGAGAUCUCGCGUCGCUGCUGAAGUUCUAUAGCGUGUAG